GAAAAAGCUCUGGAGAUUGUUUGCGCACCAGUGUGGAUGUACUUACUACUGGACUGUACACUUACAGAGUGUCCAAGCACGAAGCUGUGCACACAGUCUCUCUCCGCAGAGAUGCUUAGGAUGUGAUCCAUGAAUCGCAAAUCCCAGCUAGUGCUCACAAAGACGGACAUUUCUCCCCAAGACCAUUCCAGUGCCCCAGAGGUCCACAGACAUCCAGGAAGAUGCAGCCAGCAGACAAAGAAUGGCAGCCACCGAAGCGCUGAGGGGAGCCCUCCCGGCCAUUUCUGUCCCAGCUCCAAGGGUCUCUCCACCAUGGCCUGCAACAGCACGUCCCUUGAGGCUUACCCAUACCUGCUGCUGAACACCAGCAACGCCUCGGACUCCGGGUCCACCCCGUUGCCCGCACCCCUCAGGAUCUCCUUGGCCAUAGUAAUGCUACUGAUGACGGUGGUGGGGUUCCUGGGCAACACUGUGGUCUGCAUUAUUGUGUACCAGAGGCCGGCUAUGCGCUCGGCCAUCAACCUGCUGCUGGCCACCCUGGCCUUCUCUGACAUCAUGCUGUCCCUCUGCUGCAUGCCCUUCACCGCCGUCACCCUCAUCACCGUGCGCUGGCACUUUGGGGACCACUUCUGCCGCCUCUCAGCCACGCUCUACUGGUUUUUUGUCCUGGAGGGCGUGGCCAUCCUGCUCAUCAUCAGCGUGGACCGCUUCCUCAUCAUCGUCCAGCGCCAGGACAAGCUGAACCCGCGCAGGGCCAAGGUGAUCAUUGCGGUCUCCUGGGUGCUGUCUUUCUGCAUCGCGGGGCCCUCGCUCACGGGUUGGACGUUGGUGGAGGUGCCGGCGCGGGCCCCACAGUGCGUGCUGGGCUACACGGAGCUCCCCGCUGACCGCGCCUACGUGGUCACCUUGGUGGUGGCCGUGUUCUUCGUGCCCUUUGGCGUCAUGCUGUGCGCCUACAUGUGCAUCCUCAACACGGUCCGCAAGAACGCCGUGCGCGUGCACAACCAGUCGGACAGCCUGGACCUGAGGCAGCUCACCAGGGCGGGCCUGCGGCGCCUGCAGCGGCAGCAACAGGUCAGCGUGGACUUGAGCUUCAAGACCAAGGCCUUUACCACCAUCCUGAUCCUCUUCGUGGGCUUCUCCCUCUGCUGGCUGCCCCACUCCGUCUACAGCCUCCUGUCUGUGUUCAGCCAGCGCUUUUACUGCGGUUCCUCCUUCUAUGCCACCAGCACCUGCGUCCUGUGGCUCAGUUACCUCAAGUCCGUCUUCAACCCCAUCGUCUACUGCUGGAGAAUCAAAAAAUUCCGUGAGGCCUGCAUAGAGUUGCUGCCCCAGACCUUCCAAAUCCUCCCCAAAGUGCCUGAGCGGAUCCGAAGGAGAAUCCAGCCGAGCACAGUCUACGUGUGCAAUGAAAACCAGUCUGCGGUUUAGGGGAUCAGGGGGCCACAGAGAAGGGGCAGCUGAGCCCCAGUCCCAGGAUGGGUCUGUCCUGCUCUGUUUCCUGGCAUGUUGGUCAUAGUCUGCACUUUGUGGUGGCUAUUUAAGCACAAAGGUACUCAUUUGUAAUCAGAGGAGCUGCAGCUCCCAAAUUCCAAA